AUGGGGAGACAUGCCUGGUAUGUCCAAAAGGCCCGAACACAAGAGUGGAACGAGACGAUCGAGCUGUUCCGCGCGGGCAUGCCGCGGGGGAGGCGCCGCAGCCGCCUCCGCACCCACGAGCGCUGCUUCCGCGCCUCCGAGGCUGUCGCGUGGCUGCACGAGCUGCUCCGCGGCAACCAGAACUUCGGGCCGGAAGUGACGCGCGGGCAGACGGUGCAGCUGCUGAAGAAAUUCCUCAAGAACCACGUCAUCGAGGACGUCAAAGGCCGCUGGGGCCAGGAAGACUUCCGGGACGACGGGCGCCUCUACAGAUUUCCUCCUUCCUCACCACUAAAGCCAUAUCCAAAGAGGCCUUCAUAUGGAAAAGAAGUAAUUAAAUUUCCAGGCUGGAAUGAACCUGGAGCAGGCACAUCCCAAGAACGUACUCCAGUGAAGCCAACUGUGAUGAAUUCUGAAAUGUGGUAUAAACGUCACAGUAUAGCAAUUGGAGAAGUACCAGCAUGCAGACUUGUGUACCGCCAAAAACUCACACAGACAAAUAUAGAACAGAUAUGGAAAUCAAUGAUGUUGUCACACCUGCAAAAAGUACUGGGUCUGGAUUCUCUGGAUGAAGUGUUGGACACGCAGCUUGUGAACCCAAAGCACAUCCUUCACAAUGUGUACAACAUCAGUAAGCAGGGCAUUGUCAUUUUAGAAGAUAAAUCAAAAGAACUACCUCAUUGGGUCCUGUCAGCAAUGAAAUGUCUAGCAAAUUGGCCCACUUGCUCAGACUUGAAGCAGCCUACAUACACAGGAUUUGAAAGGGAUGUUUUCAAAACCAUAGCAGACUACUAUGGCCAAAUGAAGGAGCCUCUUCUCACAUUUCAUCUUUUUGAUGUUUUUGUCAGUGUUUUAGGUCUGCUACAUAAAAACAAAAAAGCUAUUGAAGCUUUUCAGGUGUCCUGUCUUCUGCUGCCACCAGAAAAUCGGAAAAAACUACAGUUACUGGUGAGGAUGAUGGCAAGGAUCAGCCUCAACAAGGAUUUGCCACCUCUUUCUGAUACAGCUAGUACCAGAACAUUGAUGGUUCAAGCUUUUUCUCAUUGCAUUCUCUGCUCUAAGGAUGAAGUGGAUUUGGAUGAAUUGCUUGCUGCUAAACUAGUAAUGUUCCUCAUGGACAAUUAUGAUGAGAUCUUGAACAUCCCUUCCUCCUUACAAAUUUCCAUAGAGGAGCACGUAGGACAUCUCCGGAGAGUGCAGAUAAAAUAUGCAGGAGCUGACACUGAUGCAACUUUUCUUGCUCCAUCAUUUUGUCAUCAAAUUAGUACAGAUGAGUUUGAGUAUCAACGAGCAAAUGGCUCUCAGGAACCACUGGCCGCUUUGUUAGAAGAAAUUGCAAUGAAUAAAGAAAUAUCCAUCAAAGACAAGAAGAAGAAACUGAAACAGUUUCAGAAAUCCUACCCUGAAGUAUAUAAAGAACGAUUCCCUACUUCUGAAACUGAAGCAGUGCUGUUUCCUGAAAAAUCUAAACAGAAAUCACAGCUGCUGAUGUGGGCUUUAAAGAAACCUUUUCAACCAUUUCAAAGAACUAGAAGCUUUCGGAUGUAAUUCAUCCUUAUGGUCAUUAACAAACUGUAUCUUGGCAUAUCAUCAGUAGGAUAGAUCUUGUGCAAAAAGGAACUAAAGAGCAGUUUAACUACUGGAAAAAAACUUUGCUAAGAGUGGAAAAGGUUAUAAAGGUAAAUGUGUGUGUGUGGCGGGGGGCGUGCUUUGUUGAGCCAUCAUCAGUAUUGUAAAUCAUUUCUAAUUCAUGUUACUGUUAAAGAAUGAGAUGGUUGACCCAUAUCAAUGGGAAUGGGGGACAAAAUUGGCUUGUUUGUAGUUGUUGUUUCAAACUUUUUAGAUGUGUAUUUUUUUACAUAGUUAAUGUACAGUUGAUUACUGGUCACUAGUAUUUUUCUUGAAAAGAUACUGUAUUGUGUAAACUAGGUUAUAUUUGUUUGUAAUUGACAUGCACCAGGGGUCAAGAUGCUGUAUAUACUUGAAUGAACUUGAAACACUGGAUCUGGUACUGCCUUGCUGGCUGGGUAGCAUAAUGCCCUUGAUGUACUUUGUACGUACUUUGUAAUGUUGAUUUCAGUUGUGUGCAAAACUUGCCCUUCAUUUCUUCCCUCAUAUGGCAGAGGAUGGCCUGGUCUAGCCUACUGAAGUUCCAUUGACCUUUGUGAUGGAGGACAAGGCCCUGAAGCAUUUCUCACACGAUCUUCCUGAAUAUUGCCAUGCAAAGCUGGACAGUAAUCUAAUUUAGGGGUUAUCGUUAGGGGUGCCACAAGACCCUUUCAGGAGUGCUGCAGCAUGAUCGCUGCCAUUGCGGCGAAGUAAAAACCCCCCUGUGUCUCAUGCACAGCCACACAGGAAGGGCUCUUGCAUGAAUGCAUGUUCCUCCUGCUUAUCUGAUAAGCCUAAAGCAGGCAAAAGAACCUGGAUGUGCUGGGCUGGCUCCCUCUGCUCCCCCAGUAUCAGAGGCAUGUGUGUUAGUUCUACCUACCCUACAUGCCUCUACUUCCAGGAAGUGCCAUGCAGGGUCAAACCAGGAAGGGCUGCUGCAAGAGUAGGCUCUCUUGCCCACUUUAGGCUUAUCAUAUAAUCCUAAUGCAGGAAGAGGGCACACUUGUGCUGCAGCCCUUCCCAGUCUAGCCAGCCAGGAGGCUUGUGGAGCACUUAGCCAGCAUUGGCAGACCCUGAUUUGAGGGGUACUGAGAGGCUGAGGCAGCAGAACUGGUUUUCAGCUGGGCUGCUGCCACAUUCAAAAUCUGUUAAAGGGAAUCUAAAAAAGGUUGAGAACCACUAUUCUCAUUAAUCAGAAAAAAUAAAAGGCUUUGUAUUCUGUGAAAAGGGAGGUGCUUAUCACAAAAUUGUCAAAUAAUUGAGGAUUUUUAAUGAGGACUUACAUUUGCUCUGUAUAGUGAAUUCUACUGUACAUACAACUUGUAUGUGAACUGGAAGCACUUCUGCUU